AUGGAAGCCUUCAUCCGCGUCUCGCCCUGGACAGCCUUCACGUCCGAGUCCCCCGAGCCCCAAAAUUCCUCCCCGAAGCCCACCGGUCGUCGUACCUUUGGCCACUUCCGCUCCCUCUCCUCUAUAACCUCCACAACCACCACCAAGUCAUCGAGUCCCACUCGGCCCUCACCUCUACGCCAUGGCCGCUCCCCAUCGACGCCGCAGCUUCCCGACUUCAGCUUCCCUCUCAAGACUUCGCCUCCCAUAACGCCGACAUCACCAACCGCCGAUGACGACUCCGAUUUGAGCACUCUUCCCGAUCCGCGCAUCCGUGCCAUGAGCCCCCAAGCGAACGGUAACGGUUCCGUGGUGAGCGACGGCGAGGCUGAGCCCCAGGAUGAAGUGACCGCCCUCAGCACGAAACUCAUCCGCGCUAUCAACCACCAGACAGCGCUGGACAACAGUCUCGCCGAAGCGAGGCAGGAACUUGAGCAGGCCCGUGAGCGCAUACGCCAGCUCGAGGCGUUAGUAGCGUCGCAGCGCGAAAUGCUGGCCGGCGACGUCUGGGUACGGCGCAAGACAGUUGAGUCGGAAAAGAAGGCCUGGGCCGCCAAGGUCGCCGAGGAGAAGAAGGCGAAGCAGGAGGUAGAAAAGGAAAAGCGCAAGAUCGAGCACGAGCUGGAGAACCUGACGACCGCGCUCUUCGAGGAGGCUAACAAGAUGGUCGUGGCCGCGAAGGAGGAGGCGCUGAGGCAGCAGGAGGCCAUGGAGAAGAAGAACGAGCAGCUACGCGCCCAGAUUGUAGACACCGAGAGUCUCCUGCAGUCGCAGCAAGAGCAGCUCGCCGAGCUCAAGAUCGUCAUGGAGCAGAUGACGGCCGAUCACGACGACCAGACGAACCUUACCGCACCGUCUUCCCCUGGCUUCAGCAGGUUCGAUGCCAAGGACCAGGAGAGGAGUUUGAGCGGCGACGGCGGUCUGCUGUCUUCCCCCUUUGUCGAACCCGUCUCGCCCGCAUCCCCGACAAGCUUUGUCCACCUUAUUCAGCCCGUGUUGCGGACCGAUUUAGCUGCCUACGAGGACUUUAGACUACUUAGCCGCACUGCCAAGCACAACCGCUCCGGCAGCCGUGCCUCGGCGUCAUCGCUCAGCGGCAUCAAUGGUAUGAAUCUCGGCCUCAGCGUGACGGGGUCCUCCACUUCCUCCUCCUCUGCUCCCAAUGGCAACGGGAACGGUUCAGCAAAUCACUCCUCCUCUCCCUCCACGUCGUCCCUGCCCAGUGGUAUCGGAUCCGCCGCCGCCUCCCCCAAGGAAGGUUCGCAGACGCCCACGCCAACAACGACGGGCUCCCUCAAGGACACCAAAUUCUACAAGCGCGCCCUCGUCGAAGACAUCGACCCCACUCUCCGCCUCGACACCGCCCCAGGUAUCUCUUGGCUCGCCCGCCGCGGCGUCCUCAGCGCCAUGACUGAAGGUACCCUCGUCGUCGAGCCGGCCCCUUCCACGCUCCCGUACCCCACAGCCAUUCACCCCCAGCACCACCCAUGCUCCCUCUGCGGCGAGUCCCGCAAGGAACCCGAGCACCUCCGUACCCACCGAUUCCGGACGAGCGAAUCCGACUCGGCGCAGCGAUAUCCCCUGUGCGCCUACUGCCUCGGUCGUGUACGUUCGACGUGCGAUUUCCUCGGCUUCUUGAGGAUGCUCAAAGAUGGUCUCUGGAGGACCGAUGAUGCCGAUUCGGAAAAGGCGGCGUGGGAGGAGAGCGUGAGGCUCCGCGAGCAAAUGUUUUGGGCCAGGGUCGGCGGCGGCGUGGUUCCUACGGGACACGCUGUUGUCGCGUCCUCUGCUGCCUCUUUACCAGCUUCAGCGGUGGCGGAUGUCGCUGAGGAAGGCGAAAAGGAAAAGGAAAGCCCUCGACAAGAAGGGGUCGGAGAGGACGAUGGCGAUGCGGAGGGAGAAGGGGAGGUGGUUACACCGAGCCCGAGCCCGAGGAACUCGACCCAGGGAGUCAAGGGCUUGGAGAUUAAUGUGACGAGUCCCGGGAUGGGGAACGUCUCGGAGGUUCUUGCUGCUUUGAAGAGUUGA